AUGUCGAAAGCACGGCCAUGGGCUUGUAUUACCACAUGCAUUUUAACAAUCAUCUCGGCACUUAUUUUGCUAAUUGCUUCAUCGGUUUAUACAAAUCGACUUAUUGCCGCGAUUGGCCUUGCUUACGUCGCUUUUCGUCGAUUUCCAGCAUUAACAACUUUAUUUUCAGGUUUAUUAGUUGCAGCUGUAUUACUUUCGAUCAUAUGUAUAAUUGUGCUCUUUAUCAAUCGCGCGAAUGUUCGAACAAAAUCAACGCGUGAAACGGGCUUUCUUAUGGCAGAUUAUGUCAGCACUGAUCUCCGCAAAAAUUCGAAAUCAGUCAUGGAUACUGUUCAAGAAACUUACCAAUGUUGCGGCGCUGAUCAAGCACUCAAUUGGGCAACGAUAUUUUCCGAUGGAAAAAGUACACCUGAUUCGUGCUGUCAUAUCGUUACGCCCGGCUGUGGAAACAGUUCUCUCGUCUCGCAAACUAACAUUUACAUACGUGGUUGUGUCGAACCUGUUGCAUCGCAUUAUCGACAACAAUACUCAAUUUUAAUUGGUUUGAAUUUUAAUUUCAUUCUAUUUGCUUUGGUAAGCGCUGUCCUUGGUUUAAUAUUCGAACGUUAUAUUCGCGAACAAUAUCAAAUGAUGUAA